AAAUAGAAACCGAUAGCCAUUGGAGGACGGUGGAAUAUAAAAAGACGUCACUUCCUGUCUUCGGUCCUUUUUCGAUUCCGUGUGGUACUGAUCUCCAUACGGUGUUGUCUCGUGCUCUCCCGUUUUACUCGUUACACAGGGAAAGUGGUCACGAUGUCCGGAGGUCUGGAUGUGCUGCAGAUGAGGGAGGAGGAUGUGCUCAAGUUCCUGGCGGCAGGAACCCACCUGGGAGGGACCAACCUGGACUUCCAGAUGGAGCACUACGUGUACAAGAGGAAGAGUGAUGGUGUGUACAUCAUCAACCUGAAGAAGACGUGGGAAAAGCUGCUGCUGGCAGCUCGCGCCAUUGUUGCCAUCGAGAACCCGGCUGAUGUCUGCGUCAUCUCGUCCAGGAACACUGGGCAGAGGGCUGUGCUGAAGUUCGCCUCGGCCACUGGCGCCACCACCUUCGCCGGUCGCUUCACCCCCGGGACCUUCACCAAUCAGAUCCAGGCCGCCUUCAGGGAGCCCCGCCUCCUGAUCGUCACCGACCCCCGGGCCGACCACCAGCCCCUGACCGAGGCCUCCUACGUGAACAUCCCCACCAUCGCCCUGUGCAACACCGACUCUCCCCUGAGAUACGUGGACAUCUCCAUCCCCUGCAACAACAAGGGUCAUCACUCCGUGGGUCUGAUGUGGUGGAUGCUGGCCAGGGAGGUUCUGAGGAUGAGGGGCACCAUCUCCAGGGAGCACCCCUGGGAGGUCAUGCCUGAUCUGUACUUCUACAGAGACCCAGAGGAGAUUGAGAAGGAGGAGCAGGCUGCGGCGGAGAAGGCCGUGGGAAAGGAGGAGUUCCAGGGGGAGUGGACCGCCCCCGUGGCUGACUUUGCGCAGCCCGAGGUGGCCGACUGGUCCGAGGGCGUCCAGGUGCCCUCCGUCCCCAUCCAGCAGUUCCCUGCAGCUGCUCCUCCUCCCAAGGCUGCUACCCCAGCUGCUGCUGAAGUGUUUGCAGAGGACUGGAGUGCCCAGCCCGCCACCGAGGAUUGGUCCGCUGCUCCCACUGCUCAGGCUUCCGACUGGGGCGGAGCCACCGCUGAUUGGUCCUAAGCCAGCAUCGUGAACACCCAGAAUCAAAAGCAGUUUAAGUGAAGUCAAUAAAAAUGACUGUUUCUGUAAAAA